AUGGCCUCCCUCCCAGGUUAUUCGGCCUCUAGCCGGCCACAGUUAUCUGAUAAUAAUACUACCUCCACUACCCAACAGAAUAGCGUCUCCACGAAUAUAACCAGCAGCGCUUCAUCGACAGAGUCGUUUGAAGCUAGCGAUACCGUUCUGCUCAACGGCACCUCGGAUACCGCCACCGCCCAUGGCUCCCCGACAAGUCCGACUCUCGCCGAUGCGUCUGGUGAGGAACCACGCAGAUGUUGGAUUUGCUAUACAGAUGAGACAGAGGACUCUCCCCUUAAUUCACAAUGGCGUUCGCCAUGCCCAUGCGCCUUGACCGCCCACGAAGCGUGCCUGCUCGACUGGUUGGCGGAUCUCGAGAAUCCCCGAUCGCGGAGGCGCAACGGCCAUGACGCAAAGAUGCUGUGUCCGCAAUGCAAGACCGAAAUCAUCGUUUCUCGUCCCCGAAGCUAUAUUGUGGAUAUAGUAAGACUGGUUGAGCGCCUCGCGGGUCGGAUGGUCCUCCCAGGAAUGGUCUUCACGUUAGGAGCAACCGUGUGGGCGGGGUGCUGUGCGCAUGGAGUAUAUUCGAUGUACUUUGUCUUCGGGACCGACGAGGCUCGCCAGAUUCUGGAGGAAACAGCUGAUGGGGCAUGGAAUUCGGGGCUGAAUCUGGGGUUGCCCCUCAUCCCGCUCGUGUUGAUCUUCUCGCGCACCCGGUACGCAGAUGGUCUCCUUCCUGCCAUUCCCGUGAUGUUCUUUGCCACACAUCAACCGGGACAGGAGCUGGAGUUGGACCUUUGGCCGCCCAGUGCGGCAGUGACGUUCGCCGCUCUUCCAUACUUAAAAAGCUUUUACGGCAGCGUCUACGAGAGAAUGUUUGGCAAGUUGGAGCGGAGAUGGAUUGCGGAAGUACAACCGCGCUCGGAUGUCAAUGAGUUUGACGAUAAUGCGCCGCCCGAACACCCCGAGCCAGACCCGCCUAACGAUGACAAUGGUGUCCUUAUGGAGAUAGAUUUGGAGCUACGCAUGGGCAACGAGGACGGGCCGCAGGGCUUGUUUGGCUUUAACGGAGGAAAUGCGCAGGGUGGACAAGGGCAGAAUCAGGGUGGAAACGGCCAACCAUUGGGCUUGGGUCGACGGGAUGAGCUGGUAGCCGACACAAGUAGUCUGGCAGAUAUCAUCCUCGGAGCACUUGCGUUUCCCGCCAUAUCUGCGUCGAUGGGCGGGCUGUUGAAGUACAUUUUACCUGCUUCAUGGACGACGCCAUCUACGUUGGGCAAAGCCCGACCAGGACUGUUGCAGACCCGCUGGGGCCGGAGUGUCGUCGGAGGAUGUGCAUUCGUGCUGUUGAAGGAUGCGCUGGUGUUAUAUUGUCGGUGGAAAUUGGCGCAGACGCACCGACGGCGCAAGGUGUUGAACUACGAUCGAUCGAAGAAGCGGGCUGGGAAGGCUGAUCGAUAG